CGACGAUGGAUUGUUGCUUUCCUACGGGUCGUUCAACUCGAAGUCAAGGCGUUGAACCUGAGAAGAAUUCUUAGUUUUUGUGGUCUUCGUAUUCGUAGUCACAGAACACCUGGCACUGGGUUCACCUGCACGCGUACGCUUGGGCCUCUCCUUUGAGCAACGACAAGGGUAUGGCACCAUGAGGUCGGAAGGUGCCCGGCGGCGGUGCAGGCGGUGCAUCUUGCCUCUUCCGUGGGCUCAUAACUCCAAUACCUUUCCGUGAACGAUAUAGUCCGCCUCACUCUUGAUUGGUCACCAUCGGAGUCAUGCUCUUCUUCAAAGGAUUCGAGGUGGAGAUCAGGCGCGAGAACGCCGUUCUUGAACCACUGGGUGUGGUCUCCGUUGAUUCCACGGCAACGAUCACGUCCUAUGUCGAAUCUGUCGCCGGUGAAGCUUUCACCAUUCACAUCAACCGUGUUCGCGGUGUCACGCCUGUGGCUCCCGGCAACCAUUUCAUCCCAUCUUGUCUUGCUGAGAUCAGUGUCGACGGCGUGGUCGUAGCCAAGGGGAAGUUCAACCCUCAAUCGCAAGAAUGGAUCUGUGAGGGAGCGACGGAGAGACGUGGGAUAAUCCGUCCGUUCCAAUUCGGUGUUUGCGCGGUUACAGACGAGCGUAUGGAAUGUGAGAACCGUCACGAUGUCUUGAAAAACUUCGGCACGAUUCAUGUUCGUAUCUGCCGUAUUCGACACAGCAAUGUCCCCGCUGUUCGCAGAAGCCGAGAAUUCGAGGUUCAACAUCGCAGGGCCAUACACGAGGACGACGCAAUCAGGACGCACAUGAAACACGACGUCACAUUCGGCCUCCCCACUCCCGCGAGCCACCACAGCAGUCUCGGGGAACCUGAGACCUACACCGUAAUCGAUCCCUCAACCCAGCCAUACGCCACCUUCGAAUUCCGUUACCGCGAUGGCAAAGAACUCGAACGACUCAAGCUACGCAAACCGAAGCCUCUCAUGUACAUCCCACUCCCCAAAGCCAACCCCAAGAAGCGCUGCCGGGACCUGGUCGAGAUGCUCGAAGAUGUGAGUGUGGAGAUGAUGACGCGUCGUGCGGAGACCGAGCACAGACGUAAACAGGAACAGCGGGCGGCGAGGGAGAGGUUGGCGGCUGGGGCUCCCGUGAUCGAUUUGACGGAUGAUGACCCGUUGAUGCCGGAGUUGUGUAUUAUGAAGCCGAGGGAGGAUAGUGAUGGUGAGGAUAGCCUGCUUCGUACGUUGAUGGUGAGGAAGAGGAGGCUUGAUGAGGAGGAGGAAGAGGCGGAAGAACAGCCGGUGAGGAAGCACAUCAGGUUCAAAGAUGAGGAGGAGAAAGAAGAGAAGCAGCUGGUCGUGGCUCAGCAUGUUGAUGUGGGCGAUGACAAGGAUGAUGAGGAGACGGACGAGGAGACCGAGUCGAGCGAUGAGGAGAUGGAACACGAGGAGCGCGACAUCGAAAUGGCUAGGCCGCUGACUGAGGCCCCUCCUUCUCCGGUUGAGGGACCGUGGAUGGCUGUUGUCAAGGUCACUAGUUCCCAGGAGAACAAAGAGCAGGCUGCCAACAAGGACGCCGACGAAGAUACUGCACGGAAGGAGCACAAGGAGCACGGGCUCCAGGUUGCCCUUAUUGAGGAGAGCAACAAAAGCAAAAGUCCGGAAAGGAAAGAGGAAGUUCAAGGGUUUAUUUUUGGUCGUGGUGCUGUGGUGCUUGCUCAAGAUGCAGAGGCCGGGUGGGAUGCUGAUGGGAAGACGGUGAAUGAUGAGGCUCAGGCGGGUGUGUUGGCGUUGAUGAAUGUUGGUGGGGAGGGAGAGCCGGAAGAAGAAUUGUAGAGGGUGUUUAUGAACGACUAUGCUGAUUCUGCGAGAGAUCGAGGAAUCAUAGUAGGUAUAGCGAGAGUUUCGGAGAUGGCGUUCGGAGGGUGAUAUCGCUCGCAUCUUCGCCAUCACGUUCUUUUGUAAGAGUGGGCCGUGGCAUGAGUAUAUUAUUGGUACGCCUAGCUAGCCCCCUGACGUAUGAUUUACAAUGAAAAAGGCUUGAUAUGAUGGAAUCACGGCCC